CUCCCCCACGCCCCCUCUCUCUGCACCCUCCUCACAUAUGAUCCAGCAGCAGCCAUCCAUCUCUCUGGAUGCUCUGCCCCGCACUCGGCCGUCUUGAUUCCCGCCUGGUCGCGGCAUCAGCACCAGUGAGGAUAGUGCACAGUGGAGGGAUGGUGAAGACAUGAGCACAUCCAACAGAUUUCGAUGGAGUCCUCUUUCAACGGUGUAGAGCUCCGGGAGCUGCGGGGGGGAGGAGGUGGUGGAGGGGGGCAGAGCGUGUCUCCAGCGCCGGCCGCAGUAAGGGGGGGCUUCAGGGGCUUCGAGAACGCCUCCUACCUGCAGGACGAUGAGAAUGAGGACCGCCAACAGAGGGCGACUGUCCUGGAGGGGUGUCCGCCCUCAACUUCAGGCAACAGCAAGGUGGAGCAGCAGCAUCAGGAGCUCUCCCCGAGGUCGUACGAUGACGAGGAAGGAGCUGGAGGUCAGGAGGACGGCCAGGACUUCACCGAGUUCCACCCCCCCGACGACAACACCGCGGACUACGGCUUCAUCUUCGCCCUGGUGUUCCUGGUGAGCGGCAUCGUGCUGGUGGUCAUCGCCUACACCAUCCCCCGAGAGGCCAAGGUCGACCCGGACUCCGUGUCUGCCCGCCAGAUGGAGAAGCUGGAGAUGUACUACGCCCAGCUGGGCUCCCACCUGGACAAGUGCAUCAUCGCGGGCCUGGGCCUGCUGACUCUGGGGGGGAUGUUCCUCUCCGUGCUGCUCAUGGUGUCCAUCUGCCGGGGCGAGAUGUACCGACGCAGGGCGGCGUUUAUUCGCCCCAAGAGGACUUACGGCUCCAUCAACCUGAGAAUGAAGCAGCUGGCCACUGGGGAGGCAGUAGGAGGCGGCGAGGGCGUGGGCGUGGACGGAGGUGAGGAGUUUUUGGUGGAACACGCAGAGACGCGGAGUAACACCCAGCCAGGUCCGAGCCGGGACGCCAAAUCAGAACCAGGACCAAGCAAUCCUCCUCCUGCUGCUUCAUCCUCUUCUUCUUCACAUGGAGCGAAUUAGCAUAAUUUUCACUGUGCAACCUGCCUUCCUCUGAGUCAGUUGCAACACGGGGAUGCAAAAUGGUGCAGCUCCCCCCAUUUGUGCAGACAGGGGAAUCCCAUGUUAAGCACAAGGCUCUCUGCAGGAGCGACCCAGCUUUAACCCAGCGUUUUGGGAUGAACAAGGGUCUGGGAUAUUUAUUCUAACCAAUCAUAAAGGAUGUUUGAUCUAACAAAAGAGGGCUCGACCCGGUAAGAGAAAAGAGGUAAGCCUAUAUGUUCGUGUGGAACAGAGCACAUUUGGAGGUGAAUGGCUGUAUAUGAAAAAAGCUCCAAUAUAAAUCCUAAUAUAUUAAUCAGAGUUUUACAGUAAAAGCACAUGUGUUGAUUGGUUGCAACUGCAGAAACAAAGAUUUUAUAAAGGUCAGUAUUGAUCCUCAUCCAUCAGGUAACCUAAAUACGAUCAACAUUUAAACCUAGCCUUGUUUUCAACCUCAAUAACAAUGAAUAAUAUCAGACUUGCUGCUGUGAUCAUUGGAAAUCCACCAGACUUGACAGUGAAUUGAUAGAAAAUGUUAGUACUGUACUAAGAUAAGAAAGCUUAAUGGAGAGUUGGAUGCUAGCUCUGGCACAAAUAAACACAGGCAACAUUUCUGACAUGAUGUGAGACAAUUACGCUCAUCAACAACAUCAGCAACACAUCGACAAUAAAGGAGAUUAAAUAAUAUCAAAAGUAUGUCUAGGUUUACUAUCAGCAAACAAAUAAAAACAAAACAGUGUUAUUAAAACCUGCAUUAAAUAACAUACUUGAGUGCCUACAAUUACAAUAAACCAUUUCACUUAUUGCCAAGAGUUUUGGAAAAUAUCUUAACAGUCACAAAAAGUUGUAAAAACUUGCUACUAAAGCGCCAUAAGAUCUUUAUGCACCCUUUGGUCGAGACUUAUUGAACCAAAAUGAUUAUUAGUUGCUUGUUUCUUCUCUGAAUGCAAUGCUUUUUUCACCAAAAAUAAGAAAAUGCAUUCAAAUGCAGAGCUGGAGUAGGCGUAAGACGGACAUCUGAUAUGAGUCACUGUGGAGAGGGUGACACGUAUUACCCAGAAAGCAUUGCAUCAGCAGCCCUGAGCUCUUCAUACCUGAUUUGUUAGUCACCCAUCAUCUUUGUCCUCCACCUGAAGGUUCUUAUAUGAAAACCUUUGUGUUUUUACCUCCCAAACAACAACAUGAGGGAUGAAAAGGAAAUUGUCACUGUUGCAAAUAGAUGUUUUUAUGACAGUGGGAAAAAAGUGAAAUGUGCAUCACAAGAAUCAGGUCAUGUUUGGUUGAGAUUGAAGGCAGAUAGCUGAAAAAGUGACAUAACUAGAAAAGAGAAAUUAAAGGUGUGAAUAUCAAAAAUAAUGCUGAAUGUUUUAGAUUGAACAUUUGGUGAAUCUGAAAUAACCACAAAAUAAAGCCAAGUCUCCAAACUAUCAUGUCACAUAUCCAAUUUCUACUACAUCACUGAAAAACUGCUGCCUCGUGUUUAUUAAUCAGCAUUUUCUGCUAGCAUCACUUUUUCAACAGCCUCUUUGUAUCAUGUUGCAAGUAAAUAUCAACUAUAAGCAGAUCCUCAUAUUAGUCAUUCUAUGUAUCUGGCAUUUGAAGCUCCUGAGUAUUUAGUGGACAAUAAAACAAGCUACCGUGCUACAAGCUAUUCACUGCUGUAAAAAGAAAACCUCACGAUUCCAGAUAAUAACUUUUAAGAAUACAGAAAAUAAAAAAACUUUAAGCUAAUUAAAACAUUUUUAAAACACUAAACAUUAAGAAGCUUUUUUUUUUCUAUUUGACUGCAGCUCUUAUCGCGGAGAAGAAGCUGGUUUUGACUGGAAUGAACCUUUAAUGACACAGCGUCUACUUAUGUGUAUGAUAUGUAAACAGAUGUUAUUUAUGUCAUGUAAGGAUACAAUAUGCCUUAAUGAGUAAACACUGACACUGUAAAUUGUGUAUACGCAAAUAUUAUUAUGCUAAUGUUUAAGGUCUGCAUAGUGAGCCAAUUAGCCAAGGGUAAUGUAGCCACACACACACACACACACACACACACACACACACACAC